AUGGGUGGCACAGGGAACGAACUUGAAAAGGUGCUCAUGGAACAAAAGCUCGCCGUGGAGUCUAUAAGAUCGUUUCUGAAAUCGAAGACCUCUUAUGAUGUUCUGCCUGUCUCAUAUAGAUUGAUCGUGCUGGACACGUCGUUACUAGUUAAGAAGUCACUAAACGUUUUGUUACAGAACAACAUAGUGUCAGCGCCCUUGUGGGAUGCCAAGACGUCUAGAUUUGCAGGGCUUUUAACUUCAAGCGAUUUCAUCAAUGUCAUUCAGUAUUACUUCUCAAACCCGGACAAGUUCGAAUUAGUGGACAAACUGCAAUUGGACGGAUUAAAGGACAUAGAAAGAGCCAUUGGCGUCGAACCUAUCGAUACCGCUUCAAUUCAUCCUUCGAGGCCACUGUACGAAGCUUGUAUACGAAUGAUGGGCGCAACUAGCAGAAGAAUUCCUUUAAUAGAUCAAGAUGAGGAGACACAUAGAGAGAUCGUUGUGAGUGUUCUCACGCAGUAUAGAAUACUUAAGUUUGUUGCGUUGAAUUGUAGAGAAACGAAUUUUCUGAGAAGACCGCUUCGCGAGUUGAAUAUCAUUACACAGGGAAACGUUGCAAGCUGUCAAAUGACGACUCCUGUUAUAGACGUAAUUCAACUGUUGAGUCAAGGCAACGUUGCUUCUAUACCAAUAGUAGACGAAGAAAAUGUUCUGGUGAACGUUUAUGAAGCGGUCGAUGUUUUGGGAUUGAUCAAGGGUGGCAUUUACAAUGACUUGUCGCUAACUGUAGGAGAAGCGUUGAUGAGGAGAAGCGAUGAUUUUGAAGGUGUUUUCACGUGUACAGUAAAUGAUAAGCUAUCCACAAUCAUGAACAACAUUCGAAAAUCAAGAGUGCAUAGAUAUUUUGUUGUCGAUGGCGACGGUAAAUUGGAAGGUGUUCUCACAUUAAGCGAUAUACUCAAGUAUAUUCUUCUUUCUGCGAAUUGA